CGACUAGUAGGAAUUAUGAAAUUGGCGUUAACGGCGUUAACGACAUCCGAGUGUAUUGCAUGGGUAGUCCCGAACUUGCUGCGCUGACUUUAUCGCUUUUAGAUGACUCUCAUGUAUUUGUUGACACUGUGCUGAAAUAUGCUUCAGCUAAAGAUAGUUAUCAGGAACCUCUUCAGCAAGACACAAAAAUUGAUUUUUUUGAACGCAUUAUUCUGUGCAACAGCCUUGUGUGGAGCUGUGCUGUCACAGGUAAACCAGGACUCACAUAUCAGGAAGCACUGGAAUCAGAGAAGAAAGCCAGACAGAAUCUUCAAAGUUUUCCAGAGGCACUCAUCAUUCCAGUUCUCUACUUGGCAACCCUUACCCAUUGCUCCCGACUGCAUGAGAUCUGUGAUGAAAUCUUUGCUUAUGUCAAGGAUCGUUAUUUUGUUGGUGAAACAGUGGAAGUAGUUAGAAAUAAUGGUGCAAGGUUGCAGUGUAAGAUUUUGGAAGUCAUAGCUCCUGCCCAUCACAAUGGAAUGGCAAAUGGCCACGCCAGCAGCACUGACGGAGACACAAUUGUCAUCAGUGACAGUGAUGACUCAGAAACGCACAAUAGCUCUGCACAAAAUGG